GAUUUGACUUAUGUGGAAAAACCCACCCUGUCUUAAAGGGUCUGAUUUUUUUCAACAAUUGAACUACAACUUUUAAGUACAACCAAAGCUUCUGUACAGCAGAAGUGCAGAAGCACCCCAGAUAAGAAGACGCCAAUCAAAAUAUCUUGUGCACAAAACCACCAACUCCCCUUUUCCCAUUUUUGUGCCUUCCAGUUCCUACUCUGUGUCUGAUAUGAACGCGAGUUAUUCUUCUGCAGCGGUAUUAUGUUACGUCCCUCCUCACCCAAUCACAGCGCUCCCCAAAAUCCUCCAUCCCGCUCCCCACUAUAAGAACGUGGGAGACACCUCUGCCUCUCCACCGUGCACCACGUUUGCGUUAAUAUCAACACACAGGCUGCACUUUUCUUGUCACCUGUAGUGUUUGGUGAUGUUCUAACCGGAGGGACUCGGGUUAGGAGUUUUUGAAAGGUACUGAAGAAUGCGGGAAGACGACUCCUCCCCAAUGGACAGUGCAGGGAACAGUGAGGAGGAGACCGAGCGUCAACUACCGAGGAGGGGCGCCAGGAAGCGGCGGGCGGCGGCGCCGCGUAGGAGCACAGGCGAGCUAGAGGAAGACUUGGACGUGGAGAGUCAAAGUGUGGCGAAGAAGCGAUGCAGGAAGAGCUGUGAGCGCGUUGGUGGAAGCGCGGGAAGCAGCGAAGCCAGCAGCAGCCCAGCCCGCUCCAUCGACGACUUGCAGACCCAGCGCGUCAUGGCCAACAUCCGAGAGCGUCAACGGACGCAAUCGCUCAACGAGGCCUUCACGUCGCUACGCAAGAUCAUCCCCACGCUGCCGUCCGACAAGCUCAGCAAAAUACAGACGCUCAAGCUGGCCGCCCGGUACAUCGACUUCCUGUGUGAAGUUCUGCAGAGCGACGAGUCGGACGCGCGGGGGUCCAGCUGCAGCUACGUGGCGCACGAACGCCUCAGCUAUGCCUUCUCGGUGUGGAGGAUGGGGGGCUCCUGGUCCGUGUCCACCACAUCUCAUUAGUGGGGCUGCCCGGAUGGGACAACAUGAUCAUCCACUUUGAAGAGCCAAUGCGUCAGUCCAAAUCUUCUGACAGACUGAACCAUGCAAAAGUGCAGCUGAGGCCCCAGCUGCUGAGUUUCAUUCCUCCAAGGAGAGCGGGGAUGUGCGAUAUUUCCCGUUGCAGGGACUGUUAUGUUUGCAAGGGAGCACUUAUACGACAAGACGGAUAUGAAGAAAGACCACUGCGACUAUAUGAAUGUUGUAAAAACAAACAUAAAAAAAAAACGAGCUCGGACUGGAGGAACUUGCUCUGUUUGGAAACACGAGAGAAAAAACACAAAUUCUUUCACAUUCCUCGUGACAAUGUUUCACAGCAAAUGGACUAUUUGUAUUUAUUUUUUUACUGGUACCAAAUCCACCUCCCCACACCCCUAUCAAAUAAAAGAGUUAUUUAUUUGGGGGUAUAACAGAAUGCUGAGUGGAUUUGUGGGUCUGCACAUUCUGAAAGUUGUAAAUAUUUGGUAAUAAACAAAUGAAAGUAUCUUUCUGGGUAGUGUUCCUUUAAUUGUUCCUCAAUAAUAAACUAAAAGUAUUUGCAACAAAGUCAUUUCCUAUAGCUUUA